CCUCCCUUUCCCACCGCUCCGCUCGGUGGGCUCCGGGGAUCCAGGCGGCACCCGCGCCGCGCGCCCCGCGUCCUGCCAGGGCGCCCCUCCGCGGCCUCCAGGCGCUUCCUCGGCGCGAGCUUGGGGGCCACCCCGGCCCUGCGGAGAGCAAGUUUGUUGCCAGUUGCCGGACUAUGUGUACGCUCUUGGUGGUACUCAGCCAACUGCUCACAGCCACUUUCGCGUUUCCUCAUUGCACAAGAAGUCCAGAGGAGUCUAGGCAUGCGGGAGAAGAAGUCUUUACAUCAAAAGAAGAAGCAAACUUGUUCAUACGUAGACACCUGCUAUAUAAUAGAUUUGAUUUGGAGCUCUUCACUCCCGGUGACCUAGAAAGAGAAUGCAGAGAAGAACUUUGUAAUUAUGAGGAAGCCAGAGAGAUUUUUGUGGAUGAAGACAAAACGAUGGCAUUUUGGCAAGAAUAUUCAAUUAAAGGACCAGUCACAAAAGCGGAGACUAACAGAGAGAAAAUCGAUGUUAUGGGCCUUCUGACUGGAUUAAUUGCUGCUGGAGUAUUUUUGGUUAUUUUUGGAUUACUUGGUUACUAUCUUUGUAUCACUAAGUGUAACAGGCAACGACAUCUAGGUUCUUCAGCCAGCUACAUAAGAAGGGACAGACAUACUCCCUCCAUCAUUUUCAGAAGACCUGAGGAGGCUGCCUUGUCUCCAUUGCCACCUUCAGUGGAGGACUCAGGAUUACCUUCUUAUGAACAGGCAGUGGCACUGACCAGAAAACAAAGCGUUUCGCCGCCACCACCGUAUCCUGGGCCAGCAAAAGGGUUUAGGGUAUUUAAAAAGUCUAUGUCACUCCCAUCUCACUAAGCCCACCUUGUCUUGGUGAUACAGGACAUUCACAUUAUUUAAGUGGUUUGUUUUCCCUGAACCAAAAAGGACUUGUCAAUUCAGCCCUUUAUGACAAACUGCAGAGAGUAAAGGAGGAAUAAGCAUGUGUACUAUGUCAUUGGAGUUCUGUCAGCAUCUGGGACCUGAACUUGAUCAUUAUCAGCUGGAUAAGGAACUUUGUAUCCUUGCAAUUAAGAAGACAGCACUUUUUGGUUCAUUUUAAUGAUUCAGAAAAUCUGUUACAGAUGUCACAGCUAGAACUGGUGAACUAUCUAUAUCCUUUGUACAGAAAAAGAUUGUAGAUUUCUUAUAUUGAAUACUAAAAGAGUAAGAACUUUUAAUUGUUAGAUUAUCCCAAGUCAUAAUAUUUGAACUUACUCUUUUUUUAGGAUUUCUUUUUGGUUGGAAAUACUUCACAGAAUUUGACAUUUAAAUGUAAAUUGGUGACCUUAAUAUAAUCACUUGGUUUUUUAUUUUAAAUUAUUGCAUAACAUUCACCAUAUUUUGCACAUUUUAAUUGUGAACUCUUUCUAUCAGUCAUGUUUUAUUAUAGGGAGUGGGGUUAAUAGUUUUCUUUAAAAAAAGAAACACUUGCUAGGGAGUUAGUUCUUCAGAGGGAACAGGGUUGCAAUGGCAAGGAUUUGCAAGGCUUGUUAUACCACCAAAUAAAUAUAUAGGCCUCAAAUCUAGGAGUGACUAGAACUUAAGUUGCAUGUAUUACUGAUGAAUAGACACACCCAUUUUCGUUGCUAAGUUAUCUGUAUCUGACUAUAUAUAAGUAUUAAUCUGAAAAAUUUGUUGAAAUUUAUAAAUAAUAAUUUGAGAACCAAGAAGAAGUAACUUACUUUUCUGCUAUCAAAAUGAUAUUGAUUAAAGUUACCAGCAACCCCUUGUGUCUCUUAAUGUCUGGACACAGAACACCACAGGUAAUCAUUUUGACUUAUAUUUUGUAUCUUCUUUUAAUUGUAUAUAUGACCAAUCUCCCCCUAAGAACAUCUUAGCGUAUAAGCUAUAAACUUCUGGAAUGAAUGUGUGUGCACAGAUUUAUUUGAGUGGGUGUGGUGUAUGUAGAUGUGAAUUUGUUUCCUUUUUGCAGGAACUCAAAAAAUAACAUACAUUUAUAAAAUUGUAUUUUGUUUUAUAAUUUUUACAGAGGUGAGAUUAAAACUCACAGGCACUUGAUAAUUCCUUCCAACUUAAAUGUUUAGAAAGUAUAAAUCAUAUCAUACUGUGUGCGCGUAAGUCUUUCUUUUAAGACAGCAUGGUCUUAAUGCAGAUAAAAGAAAACUCUUAAUCAUUACAGACUGCUAAAGACUUUACCUUUUAUAUUUUUAGCGUCUCUUUGGUUGCUUCUUGCAAAGAAAUCAUCUGGCAGCACUUAUAUAUAUUUAGAUAUAAUUAGGAAAAAUGGUCUUUUUAAAGCCACCUACAUUGCCUAUAAAAAUUUUGCCCUUAGUCAUAUCUUGGCUUUAUAUAAGCAGUUUUCCUCAUGUAACGUUGCACUUUGCCCUUAUUUUAAUCCUCUUUAAAAGGUCAGAGGCAAACUCUACUUUACUCACUUUAGCAAUCACGCUAAGGCAUAGAAGGAUAACUUGCCCAAAAUCUAACAUGUUGGAAGAGCUAGGUUUAGAAUGAGUGAGCACACUUAUCUAGGCCUGUCUCAUACCAAUAGAAUUAUACUGUCUCAAGUUAUAAAAUUACAAAAUAGAGAGAAUUCUAAGUCUGCAUGAAAAAUGUAUAAACAUUUGUCAUAUGUACAUAAAUGUAUAGAGAGAUAUAUAGUACAUAUCUGUUAGCACACGUGUUUCCUAGGAUGAAUAAAAACAUAAGAUAUAUCUUUUAUUGAAUCACAAUUUGAGAUAUUCCAUGAACUUGUUUACUCUCUUUGACUCACAAGAAUCUAACUGCAAAUCUAGCCUCAGAGCCUGUGACAACCCCUGUUGCCCCAGCAGCGGCCUAAAUUUGUCAUAUGUCAUCAUUUCGUGCAGGGGUCCCCAACCCUAACCCUAACCCUAACCGAUGUCUGUCUGUGGCCUGUUAGGAGCUGGCCCUCACAGCAGGAGCUGAGAGGCGGGCCAGCGAGCGAAGCUGCAUCUGCAGCUCCCCAUCACUCGCGUUACUGCCUGAACCAUCUUCCCUCCAUGUUCAUAGAAAAAUUGUCUUCCACGACACCGAUGCCUGGUGCCAAAAAGAUUGGGGAUUGCUGAUUUAAUGUAAAACUGUUUCUCUAACUUGAAUAAAUCUAGAAUUCAUCAUUAAAAUUACAAAAUAACUGGUAUUUGCAGAGCGUCCAAUGUUGAGUUCAUAAUACGUUAAAUAUAAAAAAGAAAAUGUGAUAGAACCAUAAUCAACAAAUACUUAUGAAAAUUAAAAGGAAGAUCUCAAAAUUGUUGACAUAUAUUGUCUCAUUCACCCUUUUCUAUUCCUGUUGUACUUUUGGUGGUGGGUUUUUGGUUUCAUUAAUUUGUUUCAUUUGUGCUUCUUCCCUGGGUAACUGAUUAGAGUUAAUCAUUAAAUCUAUUUUGACACAAAGCUUUAUAGUUAAUUAGAUCAGUUUUCCCCUCUAUUACAAUCAGGAAGUGAAUGUAAUAUGGGUAUGAAAGGGGAAUAAGACUAGAAAAAGACAAAUAUACAUUUUUAGGGUUAUGCCUUCAGUAGGAUAGAUAAUUACACAGAAUAAUCUCUUUUCAAGAUGAAAAAAAUCAAACAGAACACAAACUAUGACUGUAUCAAAGUUUUGCAUCUGUUAAUAUUGUGUCCUUUGAGUGAAUACACAGAGUUCAGUGAAAAUUCUCAGAACAAUUAAAAACUAGAGCACCAGUAUCCUCUGUGUCUGAUUUCCCAUUUGCCUGUAAAAUUCUUAUCAUUAUUUCCUAUCUUUCAGAUAAGUUAUGUGUGUGUGCACUUUUCCUAUAUGUGCAAGAGAAUUUUUUAAUGAGAAAAAGUUUGUUAGUGCUGUUUGAAAGUUUAAUUUCAUAUUAUUUUUAUUCUAACUGUGAAAUAAAUUUGUAUUAGUUACUAGUUUGAUUUGAAAUAUUGCGUGUGGCAUUUAUACUACUAGAAGAUUGGCUAGAAUUUCUGUAAUUUUUUUAAAAACUAGAUUCUUUUGUAGAUCCUGCCUGUGUGGCAUUUUGGAACAUGUAUGACAUAUAUUGAUACCUUCAGUCUUCUGUAUUGUGUGUUUUUUCGAACAUUUUUUUGUUGUUUAAAAAUGUUUCCCUGACAGUUCAAGAGUUUAAGGCAAUUCAGUAGAAAUUUAUCAGCAUUUUCAUUACCUAGAAAAAACAAUCUAUUUUUUAAUGCAUAUUUUUCCUACAGCCUUGAUUAUAUUUUGGUUUUAAUGGAUUUCCUAUUACAGACACUUUUUAUACAUGUGAAUAAACUUUAUGCUA